AUGGAUCUCUUGGCGCUAGUAUCCUCGAUGCCUACGCCUGCCUCAAAUCUCGAUGAUCCCGUUGAAGCUAGCCCUGCUAUUGAAGCUCUCUCUGCCAUGGCUCAGACGAGAUCCCUGCAGCUGCUCUCUAUCAUGCGCCUUGAGCCUGAAAGAUACACUUUUCCCUUCCCUUCAUCCGAUGUGCCGAUCAGUACCCCAUCUGGUCAACAAGUUUUUCCUGCAGGUGCUAUAGUCGAGGUCCAGACGAUGUCCAUUGCCAAUUGCCAUUCUCAUGCUUCGUCUCCGUCUUCUACGAUCUCAAUGGAGGAAAACUCAAAUCCAAGGCAGCCAAACUCAACUUCAAAUCAUCCAAAUUCAAAUCCAGUUGAAUCAAGCUCUAAGGAUCCUGUGACAAGCUCUACAAAGGCACAACCAAACUCUAAUGCUUCUAAGGUAUCUUCUAAUCCCCUCACUAUAGGGUCAUCUAGUGUUUGGAAUCACUUCACUAAAGUUAUACCUCCCAAUGGUUCAAAAGCUACUAAGUGUACAUGCAAGUAUUGCCACAAGGAAUUUGGUUGUGCAAGUGAACAUGGUACUAGUUCACUAAAACGACAUUUGGAUAGAUGUCUUCUGUGUCCAAGUAGUGAAAAAAAUAAGAAGCAAAAACUUUUGGAUUUUAAAGUUGACACGAGUGAUGGUAAGAGUACAAUCACUAGUAUCUUAGCUUGGAAAUUUGAUUAUGAAUUGUGUAGAAAGGCGCUUGCUCGCAUGAUUAUUAUGGAUGAAUUGCCAUUUAUAUUUGUAGAGCGGGACGGGUUUAGAGAUUUUUGUAAGGCUUUACAGCCUAGGUUUAAUACUUUGACCCGUAAUAUUGUGGCACAAGAUUGCUUGCAAUUGUAUCUGGGGGAGAAAAAGAAGUUGCAAGAUUUGUUUAAGAGAACUGCUCAACGGGUGUCCCUCAUCACAGAUAUGUGGGCUUCUAUCCAAAAUCUUGGUUAUUUGUGCCUCACAGCACAUUACAUUGACCGAAAUUGGAAAUUGCAAAAGAAAAUCAUUAACUUUUGCGUAGUCCCAUCACCACCUACUGGUGAAGCAAUUAGUAAUGCCCUUGAGCUGUGUUUGAUUUGA